AGCUGGAAUAAUUCCCCGGAUUUUUUUCAUGCAUUUGGAUCUUUUCUGCUUACAAAAAAUAUUUUAAUCAUGAGCUGUGGAAAGGAUUUUGUGGAAACUCUUAAGAAAAUUGGAUAUCCAAAAGCCGAUGAGCUUGAUGGAGAAGAUUUUGACUGGAUGUUCGAGUCUUCGGAAGAGAGAUCGUUUCUGGAGUGGUUUUGUGGAAACAUAAAUGAGCAGCAUGUAUCUGAAAAAGAACUGCAAGAUUUUGAUAAUCUUGUUGAGUGUGGUAAGCCCAUCUUGGAAGGACAUGCACUGGAUGAAGCCCUUAAAACUUUGAAGCCGAUGGAUUUGAAGAACAGUAGCCAAGAGAAGGAGGAGGAAGAGGAGGAACUGAAGACAUUAGAGGAUGAGCUUCAAACUCUUCAAAACUUAAAAAAACUUCAAAUUCAUCGGCAUAAUAAGCUUCAACUGAUGGUCACUGCAAACAGCCAUUCGUUACAAACGCUGCAAAGCAAAGAGGAAGAAGCACAAAAAGAUUUGAAAGAAGCUCUGGAAGUGUUUAUUGUAGCAAAUGAGAAGCUCGACAGUGAACUGCAGUCUCUUGCGGAUGCAGCAAAGAAAUUUGCCUCUUUCUUCAGUGCUUCAGAUUCAGAACAUCCAGUGUUUUUUUCCCAACUUUCUUUGGACAAGUAUUUUUCUCUGGAAGAACAAAGCACUGCAGCACUUAUCUCGCACAUAAAAACCCAUUUAAAUCAAGGUAUGUCUGAAUGUGUUGAAAAUUCACAUGAAGGCAGCUUUCAGCUUGAAGAUUUAAGCGAGCCAGUCACUUGUGAGGGGACUGAUGAAACUUCUGAAGAGACUCAAGAGGUAGCCAGGCUCCAGACAGGAUAUAUUUGUGCUCAGCAUCAGCUAAUUCAGCUGCAGGCUGAAGAGGAGGGCAUGAAAUCAGCUAUCAAAUGUGCAGAGAGCAUGCUGCAGUCCUUGGACAAGGAUAUUGAACAACAAGAAAACCUUGAUGCCAAAAUAUCUAGUUUAAGUGAUGAAAUUUCAACAGUUAAACGAGAUAUGGCUCAGAUAAACAACGAAGAGCUGCUUCCCCUUCUGAAAGAGAAAGCACAACUUUUGACUGUGCCAGUGCUGAAAGCCCACUUGGAUCAUCAGAUUGCUCAGCAGGAUUGUUGCACUGCAAGACAAGAUGAAAUAUGCAGGCACUUGAUGAGACAGAAAACAUCGUUUGAACUUAUUGAGCUGGGCUGUAAAAUGGAGAUGAAGAAACACCAGGAGAUCAGCUGUCAGCUUGAGAAUUUGGUAGAAUCUCUGAAGAAGAGCACUGAUGAGUUGCAGCAGAGACUACAGGUGAUAACUGAGCGAAUUCAACCUGCAAAGCCAAAAAACACUAUUAGUCCCGAGGAUGGUUUCUCUUGCAGGCUAUAUGAGCUCCUGGAAGGAGGAAAUAAAAAACAACAGUUAUUUAAAACAUACAAAAACCUGGAGCGGAUGGCUGAGAAGUUAAAGCAAGACUGUGCUAUGGUACAAGAGCAGAUAGCAGCGUCUUCUCAAGAGCAGUCUCUCCUCUUGUCCAACCUGGAAAGAAAUGUAGAUGCCCUUCGUGAUUCUCUGUAUUGUGGAGGAAAUCAGCUGCAGCUCCGUAGUCCGGAACUUACUGAGCUGUUUCCUCAACUGGAAUUUAAUGUAAAUAAACUAAAGCAACUCCUUGAGGAUCUGGGUGCUGAUCUGAAGUUGAAGAGAAGCAUUCUAGAGUCCAAUAAGCUGCAACAGAUGGAAAGAGAGUUGUAUGUGUAUUUUUUCAAAGAUGAAGAUCACUUGAAAGAGAUGGUAGAGAAACUUGAGCAGCAGUCUCAGGCUAAAACCAGUGGUCUGGAAGAUGAGAAUUUCACAGCCAAUGGAGUUCCUAAUGUCUAAACUUCAAUGUACUCCUAAGAAAGGAAAAAGUUAGUGUAAACUGUCUACAAGUUUGUGGAAUAAUAAACAUUAGCUCGUCCAGGCUGACACCUGUCACUGCAGUGUGUUUGUUACCAUUGGAUUGGGUGCUGCUUUGCAGGCUUUGGCAUCUGCCUGCUAAAUUCAAUCUCAGUUUUGUCAAAGCUCUUGGAUACAAAGUAAUGCAUUGUUUAAUUGAAAGAAUUAUGUUCAGGCUGCCCUUCUCCUGGCCUGUAGGUUCAUUUCUGCUGCACACAGCGUAGCACCAAAAGGAACAUUUCAUACCCUUAAGUUUUCUUGCAUGCUGAGAACCUUUGAUUGUGAACCACAAAAUAAAUGUGGAGGAGGCAUUCCAGAUUUUGGAACAUGAGUGUAAUGUGCUCAUAGUGAAGAGGAGAGUUCUCCAAGGCAGAUAUUCCAUGAUUGUUUCCCUUACAGUUCUCCUAAGAAGAUUCAAUUGUCUUAAAAAUGUAUUGGAAUAUGUACCAGAAUCUGUUUUAAAUACCAAGACCAUCUGUUUUAAGACCAUUCCAACAUCUCUUAAUUUAACUUAUGGCCUGUCUUCUCCAUUGAAACCAGUCCAUACUUAUACUGGGCUUGUCAAAGAAGAAUAAUUUUCAAUUUGUCUUUUGGACAUCUGAGUUUGCUCUGUAAUUUAUAAUGAUAGACAUUUCAAUUCAGAGUGCUGAUACUUUCAUACUGCUGCUUUCAUGUGCAUUGUUAGCCUGUUUAUCAAAUUUUUGUAUAGCUUCCUAAUAUACCAAUGGAACUAAAUAGGAUUUUAUAGUAUGAUAACUUGAAGUCUUUUAUAUUUUGAUGGGAUUAGCUGUGCUUGCUUUCAAGCAUUGUACAUAUUGAUGAAGGUUAGUAUUUCAGCUUUAACUUCAGUAACAGUAGUCUUUAAACUGUUUUGAUGGCAGACUUUUAACUUUUAUGUGAGCAUAACUUAUUUUGAGAUGUUUAAUUUUUUUUAGCUUACUGGUUGAGUGUCUUUAUGUCUGGAUUUCAUGCUGCUAAACUCUGUACUUUGUAUUUAUUAUGAAAUGCCAAACUCUAUAAAUUCAGUUCAGUGUGGUCAAUAUUUAUGGUGAAUCUGUGUGUUGGUUUUAGGCCUGUUCUCAGGCAUAGUGUCUUGUUUAUAUUUAGUCUGCUGGGUUCUCACUUUGGUGUGCCCCUGGGGCUGUGACUGCUGCUUCCCACCCUGAGAAAUCAGGGAGCACUUUAACCCCGUGUAGGAAAGAAGUGUUGCUCUUAAUUAUAAAAGUUAGGAGGAGCUGUGCGUGGGGAAAGAUUACAUUUCUGACUCCUGGAACAUCAGGGAAAAGAAAGCCAUUCUGCCUCUCUCUCACUUUCCUUCACACACUUACUGGUUUGAGCUAGAUAGAUACAGCCAGUUCUAAUGCAGCAGGAUGGAUGUUCCUCUUUGAAUCGAGAUACAAAUGUUUGCACUUGUAAGUAUUCAAAGCUGCAGUCUGCCUGUGGUCUGGAGCUAAGAAAAAUAUUUCCAUGCAAGCAAAGGAACUAUUGUUUGCAUGAUGGUUAAACUUGACAGUCUACUCCUGAUCUGGAUUUAGUGAGAAGACCAGAGUAGCAGGACUCCACUUGCUACCUUGUAUAGGAAUAAUUUAGUAAACAGCAGUUUUUGGUGGAGUGAUUGACUUGGACAGCUUGGAUCCUUUAAGUGUUUUUAAAAUGUUGGAUAUUUCUUCUGUGUUUUUGUUAAGCUUUAUGCAUUCUUCUAGUCUAACUGUAAAAUAACAAGGCAUCAGUAUGGACACCAUUAUUUGUGAUUCUCCAAUGUGUGUUGUAUCUAAGAAUUUUGCAAGUAUUUUGUAUGUAUUAUAGAAUAUGGCCAGGUCAACUGGAAAAGCUACUCUUUUUCAGAAAAGGGUAAAGUUUAGGACAACAGUGGUGGUCAAAGCUUGUAGAGACUGUAGAUGUUGCUGACCAGUUUCUCAAACUGACAAACUGUAGUAUUUUAAAGUUACUUGUAUAUAACAGUACUUGAGUGCCUCAAUUAUACAAAAUUUAGGAAACAGAGGUCUUUUAUGAUAAGUAUUUUCUGAAACAGCACAUGAUUAAUGGUUGUAUACCAUGCUAGUAAUGUGUGUUUCUUUCAUCUUGUGUUGGCUCAAUUUUGGCAGUUACUUGACAGUUGGUUGUUUUUUUCCUAAUAAAAUCCAAGAACCAAUAAAGUAAGUGUAUGCAUGUGCUAGACUGGUUUAAAGAUACUGAGGGGGAAAAGCAUCUCAGACAUACAUCAAAUUCUUGAUUUAUUUGCUAGAUUUUUUUUUCUGGUACAAAUUAGCUGUACUUAAGAGUGCUGAUUUUUUUAUUAAUGUAUUAAAACACUGUUUCAAAGAUA